CAAGAAUGCCCAUUGUGCUUUUUGUUCCUCUGAGAGGUGUACAAGAAUAUCAGACAAUUUAGGUUUCAAAAUGCCUUCGUCUGACGAAGUGUCGGUAUCUGUGCGUGAAUCGAAAUCAGACUCUGCGGGUUGCCCCACCACUGCGGCAAAGAAAAAGAUACAACAGUUCCGUCAAGGGCGGAUCUAGCAGCACACUUACGGCAAGGGCGGAUCCAACAGCACACUUAACAAUAUCAUUCGUGCGCAUGCACAAGGCGGAAUCCAUGUUUUUGUUUGCUGCAGUUCGAAGUGCCCUGCAAAUCGAUCGCCAGGGGCAAUCGACGUACCCGAAGAAACGACGUUGGCAAAACAGGCAACCCGCGCAACCACACGAGUUGUGUCAGGCUGCGACUUGUUUGCCAGUCGCCUGGGCCCUGGAAACAAUGUUCCUCGGCAGGUAGCUACCGCUAGCAAGUGGCAAGUGGCCAGUGGCUACGCUGGCAGGAGAAAACAUAACGAGCGGGAGAAGUCGAAGGAGGCAAAGCAGGAACACUGCUACAAUCCGGCGAAGGCCAAUCGCACAACCAUUUGCUCAAACUCAAUGCGGCGCCGUGUACGUUUGGGCUUCGCAGGCGACAGUCACCAUGAGACAGAGGAGCUUAGACACACAUUGAGGUUCGUACAAACCUAUGCCACAUUUGAAAACUAACGAACACCAGCGGAUGAGCCAGCGCCGCCACGCAAAUGUACUGGAUCCUUACGCCGCGCUUGUUCGGAGACGAACACUCAAUGAGGGAGCAGCGCAAAGGAAACGCGUGUCUUAGGCAGACAACUCGCUGCCAACACAAACUUAAACAUGCUAGACGCCACAAUGAUAUUACAACAUGCCCCCGAACAUUCCAUCCACCGUCGAGCCCGACGCGUUCGACUCCACCGCGAACCUCCACUUCACUAUCUGAUGAACUCAUUCCUGCAGUCAAGGUCCUGCUUCCCGACGUGCAUUGUGUCAGGCGCGCCAGGCAGAUUGGGGUCGGCCCCCGCCCUCAACCUCUAUGCGGGCGGGUGGAGUGAGGCAGCUCGGGAAACAACUGCUGAACGUGCUGUGCCUCAGCUGCUUGAUUAAGAUCUCCGGAGCCUCGUGCAUCCACAUGAACUCCUUCAGCACUGCAACGUCAGUCCUCUUGGCCUCGCUAUGAAGCGUAAGACAGCCGAAAACGAACUCCUCGGAAUUGGUGGUCCCACACUUGUCGCUGUCCAGGAGGCGGAAGAACUUGCUGAGCUGGUCGGGGUCCACGCCCAGCUGGUUGAAGUAGGUACCGAUCUCGGGCUCCUUCACACGCAUCUGCAUCUGCUCCUGUGGAAUUGUACCAGUGUUUUCAGCAUCGAGCUCAUCGAAUAUAUAUAUAUAUAUAUAUAUAUAUAUAUGUCAUGGUGGUGAGGUAAUCCCUCGUUUCAAUGAGCUCGCUCUGCACUUCCAGGCCACGGCCAGCCUUGCACAGCAACACGGUGCUCUCGAACAUCACGGCCAUGACGACAACAUUCAGCCAGAGCACCUCCCUAUCGACACCGCCAGAGGUCACCCGGAAGAGCCUCGGCGCGGCGUCGAACAACGAGCCGAACCGCGCCCGCAGGGGCGCCGCCGGCUCGCCCAGCGCCUCGUCCGCGGGUGGCCCGUGCUGCGUCAGGAAGGCCAGCGCCCCCUCGGACGGCACGGCGCCGAAGAUGAGCUGGAUCGCGAAGACCAGCAGGCUGGACCACGCCAGGGACUUCAGCGCUCCAGUGAGCGAGAGGACCGUGAUCCUCGGCUCUCGGAGGGAGCAGUGCUGGCGGGUCACGCCGGCCACCACCACGACCGACAGCACCCGCGCCGGGCGCAGGGCGGACAGCCCCACGACCGCCACCCUGGGAUGCCAGUGCGACCGCCUCUUGGUGCUGGUGUUGGUCGAUGACCUGGAGCAGCUGUGGGAUCACGACCGCGACCUGGAACGUCUGCCAGCCCUUUGCGGCCGAACGGAUGGGGCCGAACCGGCCAGCCGCGAACCUCAGGCAGCGAUCGAGGAUGAAGGGUGCGCAAGGCAUGUCCAGAAACACUAUGAAACAUACGGUGUCGCUGAUGCCAUCUGGGGUGCUGUGCAAGCUAGAGGUUGCACGAUGCGCUGCAUCGAGCAUCUCCCACACAACAAGCACGGCAUCCAGAAGUAUCAUUAUAGCCCUGAACAACUCAAACUCGGUACGCUUCACUAGCCGUGGUAUGACAUCGGUCGAGGCUUGUCUUCUCGGAGAGAAGGUGUGGCUUAGCCUCGCUGAUUCACCACGCUGGGUAUUGCUCGGAAUGCGCGGCGACCUUUUCUCUACCAAGGUAUGCAUCCAACUUGGAGUAUUGCCCUCUGUCAUGAAGGAGUUGCGUUCCGCCUUCAAUCUUCUCAUGGGGGUCAGCGUAUCCAUAUUACCCCAGCCUAUCCUCGAUUAGGCAGCUGAUUAGGCAGCUGGGUAGGACGCGAGAGGCGUUGCUCCGUCUCGGGACUGCCCCGAGAGGUCCUACGCGUCCUCUGAUUAGGCAGGGGGUAGGACGUGAGAGGUGUUUCUCCGUCUCGACACUGGCCCGAGAGGUCCGAAUCGUCCUCUGAAUAGGCAGCGGUGUGAGACGUGAGAGGUGUUUGUCCGUCUCGGCAUUGCCCCGAGAGGUCCUAGGCGUCUGCUGGAUACCUACAGGGUGAAACAGGUCUUGUCCCUUGUCGGCGGAUGCCAGCGUUGGAGGGCCAGGGCGUUGAGGAAAGCUGGUGGGCUUCAGCCGGAUCUCCCGGUGCUUGUCGAAGACGGCCUCGACGUCGAGCCGAAUGUUCUCAAGGGACUGGCACGCACGGGAUGUGUCUGCAGCUGCGAAAGCAACACCUCCUUAAAACUGGACCUGGCGGACCAGCCGCGUCCACCAGGCUCUUGUCUACACGCCGGCUUGCUGAUGAAGGCUGCCAGGAACUAUCUGAAGGCAAUCUUGAACAAACAUGGCUACGGAUGCCC